AUGGCCCCAAGAGGGUCUACGUCAUCCAAUCACAUUCCACCCGGGGACGUCAAGUGCACAGACACGGUAAUAGUAGGUGAGAACCUUCCGCUCCCUUCCACUGCAUAACUGACUUAACCGUUUUACCCACAUAACCAAAGAAAGGGGGAGAAAACGUGACUGGGCUGAACUUAAUUGACAUUCCCUUUUUGCAAAAAAGGAAACGGACCUUCGGCUCUAUUCCUGAGUUACCUACUUCACGGCAACAUUCCCACCUACGAUUCCGUCACCCAUGGACCGCACCCCGACCCGGUGCUUCACGCAAAGCUCUCGCGAUAUGGGAACCGACCUCUCUUCGACGCAACCGGGUCCGCGAGGGCGUACGAGGCGCUGACGGAGCACUUCCAUGCCGCCACCUACAUGAGCUAUUCGAAUCAGGCCCUGCCGCUGAACGUUUUGCUGGACACGUUGGUGCGGCCGGGCGCUGAUACGGAGGUCGGGGGGGCAGAGUCUCGGUUGAAGUGGAGUUUUGAUGAGCGGAGGAGAAUCGGACAUGUUGUGUUGGGCUCGGCGAAGGAGGCUGGCGGGCAGUGGUCCGAGGAUCCGACUAGCACUUCCUGGGAUAUUGAGACUCUGAGGUUGGCUUUCUCCUUCUCUUUUUCCCCGAUCCGCGCUUUGUUUGGGAUAUGGGGGCUGAUCUUGGGGGGUAAGCUAUGCGGAGAUGCUGUCGCUGCCGGGGUACUCCUUUCGGGAACAUUAUCGGAGGGAACACGGGAAAGUUAUGUCCCAUUUUAAUAGGCCCACGAGACGAGAAGUAGCGAAUUACUACAGCGCGUACCCUGGCGCCGUGGGGAUAGCGUCGGAGGUCUUCUCGUCGGUAUACGUGCACAGAAUCAACCGUACGCAAUCCGGCUUCUCGGUCAAGGUUUAUAGAAAGCCCGCACCUUCGAGGCCGCAAUGCGAGUACACGAUCCACUGCAAGCACCUCGUCCUCGCGACCGGGAUCUUCACAAACGUCGUACCCCCCCCACCCAUCUUCCUGCCAUUGCUCAACCCAGCGAACAACACCCUCAGCCAGCAGCAGCAGCGCGCCAAGCCACUUCCACUACUGGUUGUCGGCUCGGGCUUCACAGCAGCGGACGUGAUCAUCAGCACGCAACCGAACCAGAAAAUAAUCCACAUCUUCAAAUGGAACACCACCCGCCCAUCACCAUUGAAGGGCUGCCAUCCCCAGGCGUAUCCGGAAUAUGCAUCCAUAUACCGCCGAAUGAAGCAGUCUGCCGCAGACAGUACCUCCCCGACUUUGCCAACGGCCCCAUCGAACUACGAGGGCUUUCCGAACGCACAAGUCAUAGCGGUAUCCGGCGAUGGGCGCGCCAUCAGGAUAUUGACGGCAGACGGCGACGUCCUAGAGCGCACCAUCGGCACACUUAGGUACUGUGUCGGCCGGCGCGGGGGCCUGGAAUACCUCUCUGCGGAGCUGCGGAAAGCCGUGGGCGUUCUGGACGCGGGGUGGGUAUCCGCCGACACCCUGAGGAGACGGGUGGAAGCGGACCCAGAAAUCACGAAGAACGUGUGGGUUGUCGGUAGUCUAACCGGUGAUUCACUGGUUCGCUACGCGUUCGGAGGGUGUGUAUACGCUGCUGGGGGGAUAAUGGCUGAUCAAGAGAUUCCACAAGAUGAACUCGUUAUGCAAGAGGCUACCGCCGCAGGCAGGCGGAGAUCUGGGUGUGUGGUUUCUUGAUGGGCAUGAUGGCGAUGAUGUUGAAUGGGUUUUGUUGGGAGUUUUCGGAGCAGAAAUUGGUUGGUGUCCUAGAGUUAGACGAUUGGUUGGACUUUUAUUAUUAAUUGCUAUCCUGGCGCUCUGUUUGAUACCGUACACUAUAGCCAUUUGCGCCAGAGCCGAGCGAUUGGGAAAAACGAGGAAUUGGGCAUUAGUGCAUAAUUCUUGCUCGUUUGCUCGUCUAUUCCCCGUUUUUUUGGGAUUAUUGUGUCUGCCGGGCCUUCACUUUUCCUUCUGCAUUGUCUGGGAACAGAUGUGAGUGUAUGACCUUUUGCGUCUUUUUUCUUCCCGUUUGUUUUCUGUGUAUAUUCGAGAGCUAUGCUAUAGACUUUGUAUAAUUUAUUUCUGCUUGC